GUAGGCAACGGGGAGAGAGGGGCGGAAGACGAACCGUCAGAGUGAGGGGGACAGUUGAGGCGGGAAUACGAUCGGAGAAUAAAGAUCAAUAAUUGGAGCUCUAAUUGAAUACGUGUUUUGUUGAACAACUAAUCGCAGAGUAGCACAAAUUGGCGACGAGUGGAGGCCACCAGGGUGGACCGUGUCUGAGUUACAACUCAUUCGGAAAGCAACCGCAAAGGUGGUUGACAGGACAAGUAGCUACCAGGGUAGCGGAGGAUUGAAUAGCCACCAAGUUAGGCAAGUCCAGGGACAUAGUUCGCAAGGGCGAUCGGAUCGAUAAUCGGAACGGAGCACAACCCGCAAGACGGAUCUGGAGACGUGAGUAUGGACAAGUGGGACAUACCACCGUUCAAGUUUAGAACGCUACCAAGGAAUGAGAUCCGUUCCGAGUGGAACAAGUACAAGCGCCAUUUCCAGUACGUAGUGGCGGCAACUGGUGAAAAAGACAAAACUAGAAUCAAAAACAUCUUCCUGGCGAAAGCCGGUCCGGACUUACAAGAGGUAUUCAGUUCAAUCCCAGGAGCGGAUGUUGAGGGGUCACGGACGGUCGAUCCAUUUGAGGUCGCAAUUCAGGGACUGGACAGCUACUUCGCGCCCAAACAGCACGAAUCAUUUGAGAGGAACCUCUUCUGGACACUCAGGCCGUCGACCGGAGAGUCGCUCGAAAAGUUCAUGAUACGUUGCACUGAGCAGGCCAGCAAGUGCAAUUUCGGAAGAACGGCGGCUGAAAGCCGCGCGAUCAGUGUCAUAGACAAAAUGAUACUCUUUGCCCCCAGCGACCUGAAAGAGAAAUUGCUACAAGUGGAGGACCUGAACAUCGACGAAGCCGCGAAGAUCAUUAGCUCACAUGAAUCGAUUAAACUACAAGCCCAAGUGAUGGGCCAGGCUCAGCUAGAGGACAUGGAUGCGACCGCAGGUGUCAACAAGAUCCAUCACCGACCGCACCGUGGGCCACCACCGAAAUGCACCCGCUGUGGUUACACCAGGGGGUAG